GAUUCUGUUUUGAUAUUUACACACAUCAAACACCAGAUUCAAUAGUGAUUCAUCUUUUAAAAAUCCCUGCCCUUUCGGCCAUAAAAAUUAUAGAAUUAUAAUGUUUAACAAUAUAUUUGGUAAAAAACCUACCGUAAAGGAGCAACAACGUGAAAAUGAUCGCAGCCUGCGCAAAGCGACGCGCGAUAUAGAGCGUGAGCGCCGAAAACUGGAAGAGGAGGAAAAGAAGCUAGAAGCUGAGAUCAAACGCAACGCAGCAGCUGGAAACAAUGAUGCAUGCCGUAUUCUGGCUAAGCAACUGAUAGAAAUUCGCAAACAAAAAUCUCGUAGCUAUGCCGCUGCCGGAAAAAUCCAAUCCAUAGGCUACCAGAAUAAAAACAUGGGCGCAAACAUAGCCUUGGGCGAGGCAAUGGGAACCACAGCCAAAACUAUGGCCACCAUGAACAAGGUGAUGCGCCCAGAGGCAAUAGCAGGCACAGUGCGUGACUUCCAACAGGCGAAUAUGCGCAUGGAGAUGACAGACGAAAUGAUUAACGACACGUUGGACGACAUGCUGAACGAGUCCGGUGAUGAGGAGGAAUCCAACGAUGUGGUCAACAAGGUGCUCGACGAAAUUGGCAUCGAAAUCUCUGGAAAGAUGGCCAGCAUACCAGCCGCAGGGUCUGGCGAGUUCGAGACUAGCGGCAAACGUACCGAAAAAGACAUUGCAGAUCAGUUAGCCAAGCUGAGGUCUUCCUAGAUAUUCCUAGCUAUAAAAUGUUAAUUUUGCUGUGCUUAAUCCCUCCCACAACUAUAUUGGAAGUUUUUUGUACACACAUUUGUUAUUCAUAGGCCAUAAGACAUACAAAUAUAAGUAUAUAUACAUGCAUCACACUAAA